AUGCGUAAAAAACUUCGAUUUUUACUUCGAUCUACGAACAAUGUAUCUGAAGAGUUCCUGCUGGCGCUAGUCGCCUGUCAGGCUGCACCUUCAUCUCAGGCAAUUGAGAAAUCAAUUAAUGAAGCAGAGACGAUGUUCGCCAAGACCAACAUAGAAUUAGAAGGUACUGGUGCGGAAAAGGAUAGGGCGAAGAAAUCGGCAACGACCUUCUGCGUAGAAGUUCGCUCGGGAAAGGCAGAAAAGAUUCCCUGCACGCAGAUAAGGCCACAAGGGAUUGUUCAACAAGAGACAUCCAAACCGGUGGUUAUUGUGCAACCUAUAUCGAUACCAGCAUCAGUACCAGUACCGGUACCUACAAUUGUCGAGUAUCCUAAACAGCCGAUUGUGAUCCAGCAACAGCUUCAGCCUCAGAUUGUACCUCAACCAACUCCUCAAUUCGUAGCACCACUACCAUCCCGUGCGCCAGUAAAAUCGCCAGCUUCAGUUCCGAUUAAUGACAUCGUACUGCCAACUCCAACUUCCACACCUUGCGACAAAUUAACCAUUACGCAACCAGUACAAUCACCAAUUCACACGGUCCAUGUCAUUCAUUCGCAACCGACACCGCAGUUAUCCAUUCAGGAAGCUAAACCGUUCAAGGUAGAGAGACCAGUGUUUAAACCGAUACUACCACAGCAAUCGAUUGUCCAACUGCCUACAGUCUGCAAAAAAUGCAACAAAAUGAUGCUACCACCAUAUCCAUACCCGUAUCCACCUAAGAUAUUUCCAUCAGAUAGUCCCUACAGCUUGACUUACCCUACAGCUUUUACCGAUGUGACAUCGCAAUAUGGACAAAGAACUGAUUAUGAAGUAGGACCGUACGAGUGUAAUUGCCGAGAGAACCGCAUUGUUGAGAUAUUACCCCACAAAAUCAAGAUUAAGGAUCCUCGCAUGGCAAAUUCUGGUGACGCAGCUAUCGAUUCUAUAGAUACCGUACCUUUCAACUCUAUACCCCAUGUAUCCUCGAUGCUCUCCACGGAACACGACCCUAGCAUUUCUAACAUCAUACCGGACCAAUCUAUGUUCUUUGCUUCAAAAGGAGCUAGAGAAUCGGAAAGAAAAGCAUUACAUCAUCAUCUCCCUACGAAACAUUAUCCCCCUGUAAACUUUAAUGUGGAAUUCCCUGUCGUAUAUGGAACCGACGAUACCCGUAAUUAUCAACCUCAGUACUAUCCUUCAUAUCCUUCAAAUUCUUAUACCUAUCCAAAUUCUUAUGGAACCUACGGAACUUCUUAUCCAAUAAGUUACGACUCUCCAGCUUCAGCAAGUAAUAUACCAGCAAUCACUGUAAAUGCGGGAGGACCAUUUUAUCCUCGCGAAUCUCAACACACUGAUGACUCAUCGUCUGAACCGAAUAACGAAGCGCAACCAAGAGCGUUUUCGACUGAUAUUCAAUCAAAUCGCGAGCAGAAAGAAAUUACACAGACCGACAAGAAAAGCAUCAUCAAGGAAAUAAUUCCCGAAACCAACGUAGUUACAAGGAAGUAAAAAGAA